CGAGCCUUAAGGUACAGGUGAGACAUUUCUACACAGAACACACCUGUUAAGGUACAACAAGUGUACAGGCGUCCAGGUAAACCGGCGUUAAGGUUAGAAGUUGUGGACUACAAUAAGUCAUGGACAAAGACUCGGGAGUCGCAGUUGACGACAUCGCCCCAGUAGUGAUGGGGGAGGGCGCGACCUUCCCUAAACUGGACGGAGUUCCGGACAUCGAGGGGGAUUCUGGGAACUUUAACGACGACCAGAGCAGCCAGAGUUCGGACAACACCGUCAACUCUUCACUCUACACAAACUCCGACAAACCACCAGAACCAGACGAAGAAGCAACACAAGAAGAGGAGGGCGAGGGAGGGGAGGAGUCGAAGAAGGGAAAGAAGAAGAAGAAGAAGGAGAAGAAGGCGACGAAAGGAAAAUUCAAAGGAUGCAAAGGUAGAUUUGCAGGUUACUUGUAUGUAUACUAACAAAUGAUGGAGUUAUCACACUCUAUGGGGGAGUGGACGAUAGCGGUUAUUGACGUGGAGGAGGCCCUUCCUCCGGCCCUGCUAGCCACCAUACCCAAACCUCCAGCAUCACUAUCAGUCGCUGACAAAGAUCCCGCUCAAAAGGUCCCGGUCUCGGAGCCCAACGGUGGGAAUCGAACCCUCUUCUCCUCCUUAAUUGCAGACAAACCAGAGGUCCCGGUCUCGGAGCUCCCCACCGUUUGGACCGUAGCUACGAAGACCGAAAGUUCUGCUGCAGAGUCAAGACCAGAAAACACACCAGAGCCUAAACCAGCUUCUCCAGCUCAGCCCAGACGGAGAUAUUUUUCAGACUUGUUUGCCAAGAUCAGCGCCAUCAACACACUAGGCAGAUCGACACGACCAAAGCCAGCGGAUCCAGAAGACACCAGACUACACAGUGAACCUCUAGAACCUGUCAUUGAACCCCUAGAACCAGCCAUACAAUACACUACCGUUCAACAAUCAGCCAUGGCAGACGACAGCGCCCAACUCCAAGUGCACCCCGAGCCCGUAGAAAUUCACCGGGAGGCUGAAGUGAAGUCUUCGGUGGCACCUGCGAGCGACACCGAGCAGGAUUCGGGAACGUACGAUGGAGUGGACAACGCGAGCCUCAGCUCGGAUAACACAACCAACUCGGACCUCUAUACUGACACAGAAGACCAACCGGAACAAGAGCCAGAGUCUGUAUAUGAAGAAGUGAACCCAACAGAAGCUGGCAACAGUCAGGCUGCACCAGGGACAGAUGGGGCUAAAACUGAAGAAACACCAACAGCUACAGAACAAGGUGACAACAAGGACACGAAGGAGAAAAAGAAGAAAAAGACUCCAGGGUGCACAGGAAACUUAUUCAGCUGUAUGAAGAAACCAGGAUCGAAGAAGAAAAAGGAGACAACAAAAAAAGAAGGUACUGAAGAACCAGUGGAAGAAAAUGAGGAGGAAACAGAGAAGAAAGAUCAGAAUGAAGUUGAAGAUAAGGAAGAGAAGAACAUCUAUGAGGGAAUAAAGGAAGAUGAAGGGGAGGGAAUAUGUAACAAUUGAGAAAGGAGAAGCUUAAAAAAGAAGAUAACAGUGAUGAAAAAGACCCCACCCUUAUUUAUACUUGGACAUAUCAUCUUACUGUCUUCUAUACUGAUAGGCUGGUA